AUGGCCUCCAAGGGAUGGUUCAAUCUUGAGGCUGCUGCGGGAACUAUACCCGAGACGCAGUUCUUUGAGGGGGAUUCGGCAUUUCAGUUUCUCGGUUUAACUAGAACGCAGAGGUUGUAUGGAUUUGGUGGUUGUCUGGCCAUUGGUUUCGUUCUCAGUAUACUGGGUAGCAUCCUCCUCUUUGUAGGACAGCUUGGGACGUUUGCUGUGCUGUAUGCUUUGGGAACCAUCAUCUCGCUAGUCGGGACGGGAUUCCUGCUAGGGUUCAUGAAGCAAUUUAAACUUAUGUUCAAGCCAGUUCGAGUAGUAGCCACCAUUGUAUUCUUGGCAUCUAUCGUACUCGUUUUCGUUGCGGCAUAUGUGAUUGACAGUGACGUUCUCUGUAUCAUCUUUGUCAUUGUAGAGUAUCUCGCGUAUACGUGGUACACGCUUUCUUACAUUCCCUACGCUCGUUCUGCGGUCCUCAAGAUCUUUGGGAUGUGA